UUAAGGUUUUGUGUGAAUAAAACAAGAUACGUUUUAACAUUGACUAGGUUAUGGAAAAAUGAACCAGGACCAUCGCGUAGAGCUUGUUCGAGCAAGGCUACCUCCAUACGAGCACCCACCUCCAUGGGUUCCACCUCAGCAGAGAGAGUUCCAUCCUGACUACAACAAUGACAUCAGAGAGUUCCUCCCUAGAGAGCUUAUUCAACAGAGAAUGAGGGCCUCAGAACAACUGGGAUUUAAUAUUCGGGGUGGCCAAGAACAUCACUGUGGAAUCUUUGUAUCAAAGGUGAUGGUAAACAGCGAGGCAGAUAAACUAGGCUUAAGGGAAGGGGACCAGAUUUUAAUGGUGAACAACAGAGACUUUGAGAAUAUAGAUCACGCAGAGGCUGUUAAAGUGCUAAAAAUGAACACGAGGAUCGUCAUGACUGUUCGAUUUUUUCCGUAUGGUUAUGACAGAACAUACGAUAAGUGUAAAUUUUUGGCAUCCAAUCAGCAAGCAGAGAGGUAACUGCAAACAGUUUCAUUUGUGAUCAUGUGACAAAAUUAGUCACAGGGAUGACUUACAGCAACAGCAUUUGUUUUUGAGUAUAUCAUUACAAUCAGUACAUUGAAUUGUCAGGAAAUGUGAGAUACAUGUAAAAACCACCAUGUUUUGUACAGAGUGGACACGCCAUGACACGAAUACCUGUCGGUAUACAUAAAUAUUGUCGUUUACAUUCAUCAACACACAUUUACAUGUUAACAUCAUUCUGUGAAAUUGAAAUUCUCAAGGUGAAUUUGUUAAAAUUGGAAAUGAAUUCCAAAAGUGAAGGGAUUUUUGUUUUGAAACACACACACAAAGAAAACUAUUGAAAAAAUUUUCAUGCUUUUUAAUCUUUUCUGUUAAUGAAAGAAAUAUACAUGAAGUAAAAUCAAAAUAGAAGUGUUUAUUUGACACCUACCAUACUGUAUUUAUUUGGGAAUGGGGGGGGGGGGGGGUAAGGUACAUGUAUGGCAGGGUAUAAUGACUCUUUCCAAUGCAGACAGUUACUGGUAUCUAGAAUGGCAACAGAAUAUUCACACAAUGCCUUUUUAUUUGUUGUGAGGUUGUGAAGGAUUACUGUACAAUCCUUAAUAUUUGUACAUUAUAAGUAGUUUUAGAUCAUCUUUUUAUAUAUACCAGAACAUGAAUCAUUUAUUGUACUGUACUUGUAUUGAACAUAUCUAUAUUUUGUAUAUUGAAUAUUGACAGGUAUAUUAUAUGUAUUUGUUAUACUUUCAUGUUAAAUACUGAAAUCUGAUUGGUUAAGACGCAGUUAAUAAUAUUUACUAUUACCCUCAGCGUUAGCAACGCACUUGGCAACGGGUAACAUUAAAAAAUAUUACAUGCGCGAAAAUUAUGCGCGUACGGUUCGCUGUAGAAUUCACGUUAUUCCUAUAUAAAAGCAGUAAAAUUUUCUUAAAAAUUUUAAAAAAGACAUUCAGUAUAACAAAAUAAAUAGUGCCUGUUUGGGAGGAUAACAGUUGAAAUUGACACCCC